CCCGCCCACAGUUCAAACUGGAAAAAUGGCGGGGGCUCCUGAGUUGCUGGGCGCUUCGCCUUCGCGGGACAUGGAGAGAGUGGCCGGGACAGAAGACCGGACCUCGGUCCCCGCCACAGCUCGUGAGGACUUCCGGGUGCGCUGCACCUCGAAGCAGACGGUGAUGGAACUGGUGGAACUGUGCGGCCGCUUCGUGCGACAGCUGGGGGACGCGCUGCCGGAGGAGAUCCGGGAGCCUGCGCUGCGAGACGCGCAGUGGACUUUUGAAUCAGCUGUGCAAGAGAAUGUCAGCAUUAAUGGGCAGGCAUGGCAGGAAGCUUCAGAUGAUUGUUUUAGGGAUUCUGAUAUCAAAGAACUUGAAGAUCGGUUUGAUGAAAUCAUUGUAGAUUUAGCCACAAAACGUAAGCAGUAUCCCAGAAAGAUCCUUGAAUGUGUCAUAAAAAUCAUAAAAACAAAGCAGGAAAUUCUGAAGCAGUACCACCCUGUUGUACACCCAUUGGACUUAAAUUAUGACCCUGAUCCAGCCUCUUGUGUGGAAAAUUUGAAAUGCAGAGGAGAAACACUAGCUAAGGAGAUCAGUGAAGCCAUGAAGUCCUUGCCUGCAUUAAUUGAACAAGGAGAUGGAUUUUCCCAAGUUUUAAAGAUGCAGCCUAUUAUCCAGCUCCAGAGAAUCCACCAAGAAGUCUUUUCCAGUUGUAGGAAGUCAGAUGUCAAACCUGAGAGCUUUAUAACACAAAUAGAAACCACACCAACAGAGAGUUGUACCAGGAAAACCACUAACGUGGUACUGAAAAGAAAACAAACUAAAGACUGCCCCCAGAGAAAGUGGUAUCCACUUCAGCCAAAGAGAAUUAAUCUUGAUACAUAAGCUGUUUUUGUUUAUCUUGGGAGUUGAAAUUAGGCACUGUCAACAUUUAGAUGAAAGUCUAAUGCCUAGAUAGGACUUCAUAUAAAAUAACAAGUAACUCUUUUAGUGAUUUAUUUAUACCUAUGUAGUAGUUCUGUUCUGGGAUAUGAUGUAAUAUUAUAUUUCUUGCACCAACAUUUCAUGUGUAGUCAGUGAAAAGCAUAGUUUUAUAAUAUUGGCACAAAGCCCAUCAAUGGGUAUUAACAGUGUAAUCUUUCACUGUCCUUAAAUGCCAUCAUAUCUUGGCUUCCUUACAACUUUUAUGGAAUUUCAUGAGUUACAUAUUCUGUUGGGUUUUCUGGGUAUACUGCUUUCUUAAAAUAAGAGCUGUGUAACAGGUGUCUUUAUUUAAGUGCUGAAAGGAAUCACUGGUGCUGCAAGGGAACACAUUCAGCGGUGUUUUUGUUUUGUUUUUUGUUUUCAGUGCAAUUUGUUUUAUCAAAUUAAUGUGCAGAUGACAAGACUGGCUUUGACUUUGUCACUCCAGCUUAACUAAUUUAGGGAUUGAUUUUAGGAGUUUUGUUUUUGUUUUGUAUUAUAAGACAUGACAACUAUUAUUUGUGCCAGAUGUUCUUGUAGAAAUAAAAAUUGGCAUCUAGCCAAUAUUUCUUGCCCACACUGUUUUUCAUAGACCUUUUAACUUUUAAACAUAA